AUGGAGAGGGAGAGACAAGCACUUCUCGAGUUCAAACAUGGCCUCAUUGACAAAACAGGUUGUCUUGGUUCGUGGGCCGGUGAGGAUAGAAAGUGUUGCAGAUGGGUUGGGAUUGUUUGUGAUAACAUCACCCGUCAUGUUCAUGGCAUUCAUCUACAAAGUAGUUUUCCUUACGGGGAGUGUGACCAAACACGGCAGUUGGGAGGGAAAGUAAUUAGUUCAUCUUUGUUGCUUUCCGGAUUCAGUGAAAUCAUCCCUCCGCAAUUGGGGAAUCUUUCUCAAUUAUACGUUCUUAGUGUCAAAAGUUUUGAUGCACGCAUGAUGAAUAUGCGAUGGUUGUCAAGUCUUUGUUUGUUGCGUCACUUAGAUAUGAGCGGUGUGGACCUUAGGAAAGCAAGUGAUUGGUUUCAAGUGAUCAACACCCUUCCUUCUUUGACCGAACUACAUUUAUCAGCUUGUUCUCUUAUAGAUAUACAUCCUCAUGUUCCUGGUCUUAAUAUCACAUCCCUUGCAUUGCUCGAUCUUUCUUAUAACAAUUUCAGUAGUUUCAUGCCACCAUGGAUAUUCAGUACAACUAAUUUGGUUUGCUUGGAUAUUUCUUGGUGUAAAUUUCAUAGCCUUAUUCAUGGCAAUAUCCAUAGCUUCCGUAACUUGACUUCUCUCAAGUCGCUUCAUGUUUCUGGGAAUGUUUUCAUGAAUUCUUCAUUAGUUUUCAAAGGUUUUCUUGAGUGCAAAUCACAUAUUGGUUUCUCUUUACCAUUAGAGGAGUUAGAUCUUACUAAUAGCAAUAUUUCUGGUACAAUUCCUGAUUUCAUUGGGCAGUUAACUUCUAUUAGGAGAUUAUUACUAGAUAGAAAUAAGAUUUCUGGUCCAAUUCCACACUGGAUUGGACGAUUAUCAUCAUUGGAGCAUUUAGAGCUUUCAGAUAACCGGCUGGUAGGCAGCCUUCCUGAUGGCAUUGGUUACCUCUUGAAGUUGGAACAGUUAAUUUUUUCUAAUAACUUUUUGACGGGUAUCGUAUCAGAAGCUCACUUUGGCCGACUAGCGAGCUUGAAAUAUCUAGAUGGAAAAGGUAACAACCUAACCUUACAACCACGACUUGCUAACUGGAUUCCCCCGUUUCAAUUGCGGUACUUGGAUUUAAGUUCUUGGAGUUUAGGGCCAAACUUUCCACUCUGGUUGCAUUCACAAACACGGUUAACAGAUAUGUACAUAAGAAACACGUGCAUUUCUUCAGUCUUGCCUGUCUCAUUUUGGAAAUCAUUCCCUAAUCUCAAGAACCUAGAUAUGUCGCAUAAUCAUAUCCAGGGAACGUUGUUAGAUAUCCCUGCAACACUUGAAGUACUAGACCUAAAUUCUAACCAGUUGAGGGGGGAAUUACCUGAAUUGUCAAGUGGUUCAUAUCUAGGGAUACUGGAUCUCUCGAGUAAUUUCUUUGUGGGAUCAGUGCAUCAUUUGUUGUGUUCCUAUAGUCCGAAAAAAUAUGCAACUUUUUCAAUAAGUGCUCUUAAUUUGGGAAACAAUCGCUUGUCAGGUGUCAAGUCUGAUUGUUGGGACAAAUGGCAUGAAUUGAUUUAUUUAAACUUGGAGAAUAAUCGUUUCUCUAGUGAGAUUCCAGGAAUAUUGGGUUCUUUACGUAAGUUACGAUCACUCAAUUUGCGUGGGAACAAGCUCACGGGAAGAAUACCUGCUUCUCUAAUGAAUUUGGAACAUCUGCAUAUCCUUCAAAUUGGUAGGAAUGAACUUGUUGGAAGCAUUCCGAAAUGGUUUGGGAUUCUCUCUUCUUUGAGGCUUCUCAAUCUUAAAUCCAACAAUUUUGUCGGAAAUAUUCCUCAUGAGCUUUGUUAUGCUACAGAUAUCCAAAUAUUGGAUCUUGCUCAAAAUCAUCUAUCUGGAAAUAUUCCAAGAUGUUUCAACAACUUUAGUGUCCUUUCUGGCAAACAAUUUUACUUCAGUAAACAUAAAGAUAUUUUUUUGUUUGGUAUUGAUAAUAUAGACGUUAGCGGUAGUGAUUCAUUGGUGAUGAAAGGACGAGAAGACACAUAUAACACUAUUCUUGGACUGGUGAUGCUGGUGGACCUUUCAAGUAACAAUCUUGUUGGGCCCAUUCCAAGUGAAUUAACGGCUUUGCGGGAGUUGAAGUCUUUGAACUUAUCAAGAAAUCAGUUGACUGGAAUGAUCCCCGAGAAGAUAGGAGACAUGAAAUCACUUGAAACUCUUGAUUUAUCAAUGAACAAGCUUUCAGGGAAGCUUCCCUUGAGCCUGUCAAGCUUGACUUUCUUGGUUAGCUUCAAUGUGUCUUGGAAUCAGUUGACAGGAAGAAUUCCUUCAAGUACCCAGCUUCAAAGCUUCAACGAGUCCAGCUUCUUUGGCAACAAACUUUGUGGAGAUCCGCUCGUUGGUCGUUGUUUACCAACUGAAGUACCCAAUGUAGAAGUUCGAAAAGAAGACGACGUAUCACAUGGAGCUGCAGAUUGGGGGUUGAUUACGAGCGUUGUGGUUGGAAUAGUUGUUGGUUUCUGGGUCAUUGUGGCUCCUUUGAUGGUUAGCAGAACAUGGAGGAUUGCAUACUUUCAUUUCCUUAGUGAGCUAAGGUAUAUGGUUUACGAUAUCUUCCGUAAGUAUGUAUGGAGGCAACAUGUUAUCUAA